CGAUUUCAAGUUUGUUAUGGGGCACUCAAAUGCAUUGUCUCAAACUUGAUUUCCAAGCCCAUCGACCAGAUCUUGAAUUUCUACACGUAGACAGUGAAUACCAUCUUCAGUUGCCAAUCUGGUUUCAAAGUCAUGGGAUCCGAACGAUUGAAAGGCAAGGUUGCUGUGGUUUCAGCUGCCGCCCAAGGGAUUGGUCGAGCCACGGCACUUAGAUUUGCUGAGGAGGGUUGCAAAGUGUUCGCCAUUGACUUGAACUAUGAAAAACUGAGUGAAUUGAGCACUGUACAAGGAAUAACCAUUCGGAAAGUUGAUGUUUUGAACAAGGAAGAUAUCCAAAAUCUACUGGCUGAAGUGGAUGUCAUCGACAUCCUUUUCAAUUGCGUUGGGUAUGUCCACCAAGGAACCAUUCUCGAUUGCGACGAGGCAGUUUGGGACAAGAGUUUCGACCUCAAUGUCAAAGGGGCCUUCUUGAUGAACCAAGCAUUCUUGCCUAAAAUGAUCGAAAGAAAAAGGGGCUCGAUCGUGAACAUGGCGUCAGUUGUAUCCAGCAUCAUGGGAGCCAAGGCCAGAUUUGCAUAUGGAGCUUCCAAAGGAGCGGUCAUUGCCAUGACAAAAUCGUUGUCCGUGGAUUAUGUCGAAUGUGGCAUCCGGGUGAACAGCGUUUGUCCUGGAACAGUGGAGACACCAUCUUGGCAUGACCGCGUUAACGAACAUCAAGAUCCAGUGCAAGCUCGAGUGGAUUUCAUCAAAAGACAAAAAAUGGGUCGAUUGGGUACCUCCGAAGAGAUUGCCAAUUUGGUCCUUUUCUUGGCAUCGGAUGAAUCGUCUUACACCACAGGGCAAAACUUUAUUGCGGAUGGAGGCAUGUCCAUGUAAUAGCAAUGAAAUAAAUCGAAUUGCGCAUAACA